UUCGAAGCAACAUUUCCCGCCAAAUUUCUCACUAAAUCUCCUCUUCUCCCACCAAAGUUACCAUCUCCCUCCUUCUGCAUCACCAUCUUAGAGCAAUCCAUGGCUGCUACUCCGAGUUCGAAGGCAAAAACCUUCCAAUCCCCAACCAAAACCCCGACUAACAUAUAUCGCAAAUCGUAUCUAUCUCCAUCUUUAACUUCACUCACUCCUCAAACCCCAAAAACACUCACUCCUCUUCGUAGAUCUUCUCGUCAUGUUUCCGGUAAAAUCGAUCUGGGAAAUGACCCGAUCGAUCUUCCGGGACGAGAAUCAAUCCAAGAAAUCAAUCUAACUCCCAGAAAACGAACCACUGAUGUUGUUGCAGAAACUCUAACAACUCCUAAGAAGAAGAAGAAGAAGAAGAUAGAUGUUGAAGCUUCGUUCUCUCCUAUAUCCCCAAAUCGAUCUGAGACGAUAACGAAGAAGAAGAAGAGAGUUUAUUACAAUAAAGUUGAAUUCGAUGAAACUGAAUUUGAAAUCGGUGAUCAUGUUUACGUUAAGAGAAGAGAAGACACGAAUUCAGAUGAAGAAGAAGAAGAUCCAGAAAUCGAAGAUUGUCAGAUUUGUUUCAAAUCAGAUACUAGCAUAAUGAUUGAAUGUGAUGAUUGUUUAGGCGGGUUUCAUUUGAAUUGCUUGAAACCGCCAUUGAAAGAUGUUCCGAAAGGUGAUUGGAUCUGUCAAUUCUGUCAGGUUCAUAAGCCACCACAACCACAAGGGAAGAAGAAAUCGGCGAAAAGAACGAUGAGGGAGAAGCUUCUUUCCGGUGAUUUAUGGGCGGCUCGAAUCGAGAAACUGUGGAAACAAGAAGUUGCUGAUGAUGGUGGUUGUGUGUAUUGGAUUAGAGCUCGUUGGUAUAUGAUACCUGAAGAGACAGUUUCGGGGAGACAACGUCAUAAUCUGAAACGCGAGCUUUAUUUGACGAAUGAUUUUGCUGAUAUAGAGAUGAAAUGUAUUCUUAGGCAUUGUUUUGUGAAAUGUCCUAUGGAGUUUUCGAAAGCGAGUAAUGAUGGUGAUGAUGUGUUUUUAUGUGAGUAUGAAUAUGAUGUGCAUUGCCAUAGUUUCAAGCGUUUGGCUCAAUUGGCUGAUGGAGAUUCUGAUAGUGAUCAAGAGGAGGAGAUUGAUAGUGAUGAUGAAGAAAGGGUUCGUGGAGAUUCGAAGAGUAAGAGAGGUUUAACGGGUGCGAAUACUCGUAAAGGGCGUAUCUUUGGGCUUGAAAAGGUGGGAACAAAGCGGAUUCCGGAACAUGUGAGAUGUUAUAAGAAGAAUGAGUUAGAAAAGGCGAAAGCUACUUUGUUGUUGGCUACAAGUCCUAAGUCUCUUCCUUGUAGAAGCAAAGAAAUGGAAGAGAUCACUGCAUUUAUAAAGGGUUCAAUCUCGGAUGAUCAGUGUUUAGGAAGAUGUAUGUAUAUCCAUGGUGUUCCUGGGACUGGGAAGACUAUUAGUGUGCUAUCUGUAAUGAAGAAUCUGAAAGCUGAGGUUGAAGCGGGAAGCGUAAGUCCAUAUUGCUUUGUAGAGAUCAAUGUUCUCAAACUGGCUUCACCUGAGAACAUUUACAGUGUUAUCUAUGAAGCGAUGAGUGGUCAUCGUGUUGGUUGGAAGAAAGCUCUACAGUUUCUGAAUGAGAGGUUUGCAGAAGGAAAAAGGAUUGGAAAAGAGAAUGAAAAGCCUUGUAUACUUCUCAUCGAUGAACUUGAUCUUCUAGUCACUAGGAAUCAGUCUGUUUUAUACAACAUUUUGGAUUGGCCUACCAAGCCUAACUCCAAAUUGGUUGUGUUGGGAAUAGCAAACACUAUGGAUCUUCCAGAGAAGUUGCUUCCUCGGAUAUCAAGCCGAAUGGGUAUACAGAGACUAUGUUUCGGUCCUUAUAACCACACGCAGCUACAAGAAAUAAUUUCUACAAGAUUGAAAGGAAUCGAUGCUUUUGAGAAGACAGCUAUUGAAUUUGCUUCGAGAAAGGUAGCUGCGAUUUCAGGAGAUGCAAGACGUGCGCUUGAGAUAUGCAGGCGUGCAGCGGAAGUAGCGGAUUACCGUUUAAAGAAUAAUAACAAAACUGCAAAGAGUCAGCUGGUGAUUAUGGCAGAUGUUGAAGUAGCCAUUCAAGAGAUGUUUCAGGCACCUCAUAUUCAAGUUAUGAAGAACGUAUCGAAACUGAGUAAGAUCUUCUUAACAGCUAUGGUUUAUGAGCUUUACAAAACAGGAAUGGCAGAGACAAGCUUUGACAGAGUGGCAACAUCAGUAUCUUCUCUUUGCUUAACCCAUGGAGAAGCUUUUCCGGGUUGGGACAUUCUUCUUAAAAUCGGUUGCGAUCUUGGGGAAUGCAGAAUCGUUCUCUGUGAACCUGGAGAGAAGCACAGAUUGCAGAAGCUGCAGCUAAAUUUUCCAAGUGAUGAUGUUGCUUUUGCAUUGAAAGACAAUAAGGAUCUUCCAUGGUUGGCCAAUUACUUGUGAGUUUUUGUCUGUUGAAUGGUAUGUAAUGCAUAGUUUAAUUUUUAUGAGUUUGAUUCAUAUAGUUUUAUAAGAGUGUAGGUAGCUUCAAUCCAAUUAUUACACAGAGUUACAUAUAGACGACAUAAAGGUAGUGGUAAGUU